AUGCUGCGUCCAAGUACUCCCUCGAGAUCCUCGGAGGAGAGCUUCUGCUUCUCUGCCUGGGAAACUCCGAGGCUGUCGGUAGCUGAAUCUAUUGGAAGGGAUAACUAUCCCCGACCAGCUUCGAGUCGAACCCAGACAGGAAAGAAAGCCACCAAAAGAAAUAAGAACGCUGCUCACUAUAGCCCUCGGUCUGCUGGCUCAGCACGUCGACCUCAGAGAUCAGAGCACGUUACCGAGCUUAUCAAAUUCUUCAAGACCUGUGAACUCCCCAUCUCAGACCCAUACAAUUUUGAUCUAGACAGUCUUGAACUCAAUGGGCAGCUACGACAACUGAAGCACCGUCAAGAUGAUCUGGGGCUACAGGAAGACUCGGCCCCUCAGAGGAAGAAAUCGCCCGUCAAGCUAUUUGCUCCUGACCUAUGGAGCCGUACUCCAGCCCGGAAGAACAAGCAGAAAAACGACCGCUUGAACCCUGCUAUCAGCAUGGAAAGCAUGCAGUACUCCCCCGGCACCAGAAGCCCCCGAGGUUCCCAUGAUAGCAACAUUGAUCGACCCAUUGCUACUCCUAAGACAGAGGUUGACGGCGAAUGUGCUUACCCAGGCAUUUCAGUCUUACCAUCCUCCAAGGAACCUCCAUCAAACGAUAUUGGAGUCUCGGAACCUUUCCCAUCCUUGGCUACCAUGGGCCAGCUGUAUGAUUUGUCUUCGGCAACCCUGACCGGAGAUAUGUAUACGAAUGAAAAGAUGGAAUGGACAGACACUUCAGUUGGCCGCGAGAUCCUAUCUGGUAUUGAUACUGACUCCGGGAUGCCGAUCCAACCAAUGCCCGUACACCUUAACAGUCCGUCGAACCACAACGGUGACAACGUACCUCAACCUCCACCCAAACCUGCGGUGCCACAUAACUGUGCCAAGGGCUCGACAUAUUGGCCUCAAGACAAGCCGCUUCCCGAUACUCCCGAAAUUCACUGCCAGCAACAAAGACAGCAAAUUCAAAUUUAUAAAAGAGACUCUAUCCGGGUUACAAGGUCAACCACCACCAGUUCCGGGUUCGGCAAACGACACUCUAUAUCAACUACCUGCGAGUCAACCUUCAUCGACGUACAGUGUCUCCCCGAACGGACUUCCAGCCGAAAAGAACGAAGGGCGGGUCGAACUGACUUCAGCAGCCUUUGUUGUCGAUUAUCUUGCCCCAUGUCGGAAGAGCACGGUUUCAAUUACGCUGAAAGUCUUGAGAGUACUGAAAAGCCUGUGUCCAUAUUGGAUCCAGCCGAUGCCAACGAAAACCUAGAUACUGCGACCCAGUCCAAAUCAAAAUCUCGAACCUUGAUCCCUGCUCCAAUUGAUAGCUCCAGAAAGUAUUCCGUGUCCUCGGAGCCGUCACUUACCCCAUCAUCGAAUAUUUUCUCGAUAUCCGCCUUGUCUGGUUCUGCAAGCAGUAGUACUUUAACCUCUCCCCUUACCUGGCACAACCCUUCUCAAAAGGGAGAUGACAACGACGCCUCAAAAUCCAUAUCAUCCACACCCGCCCUCACGGUAUCGCAUGAUGCAUUGGACAACCAACCUAAUGUUGAAUCGUUUCCCAAACUCCCAACGACAAACGUUCCAGAAAUAAAAGGAAGCGCGGAUACUGCAUCCAAAAUCCUCCCGGAUCACUUCCCUGCGGUACCUGUCAGAAAGUCUAGCAGAUUAGACAACAUCCACGCCUUGAGAAUGAAAGAUGUUGCCGCCGCUAGGGCUGCACUUAAAGCUUCGAACAAAGACUCAGCCACCCUCGAAAACACUGAUAAUGUUAGGGGCAGACAAGCUAGCUCGCCGGCCAUCCUGAAUUACUCUUCUACAACCAAGGGAAGCUCAAGGACCAGUGAGGAGUCAUUACCGUCAGCCACUAACUCCACUCGACCAACAGUCAAAUCUGCCAUGUCAAAGGUUACAGCCGAUUCUAAUACCAAGUCUUCCACCAAUGGAUCUCCAAUGAGAACAAUUAUGCCUGAUGGCUCAGUAUUCACUGAUCGAGCUACACAAGAACGGUCAUUCAGACAUAAGCAUAACGCCUUCUCUCUGCUAGCCGGAGGAUCUUUACCAACUAGCCCCAGAAACUCACAGUCAUUCAUUCCUACCCCUGUGCCUCACAGGCCAUCGCUAAUGAGCCCAAAGAGUGUUGCCGGACUACGUGCUUUGGAAACUGUAUCCCGUCCGGUUUCACCAUCCCUACCUUCAUCGGACGAUGAAGGCAUGGGAACCAGAGCGCAUAGUGGCAGGUCAAGGCGGUCUACACGAUCAACCCCCCGCAGAAACCGCAAAAGCUCGACCUUAACCAUCGACAAUACUAAAUCCCAAAAAUACAUCCAUGAUGAACCACUACCACUCACUCCACCCAGCGCUAACGCCAUUCGUCCCGACGAUCCUGAUUCUCUUUUAUCUCCAUUCACUCCCACUCACUUCAAAUACCCGCCAACUUCAGACUCUUCCAUAGCUACUCAAUCUCACCAACAAAAGUUUCUACAAGAUCGUGUCUUCUACCUUGAACGCCAAAAUAAGAUGCUUCAAUCUGCAUUGCUCUCUGCACUUGAAGUCGGCGCCAAAUGUGAUGCUCAGCGAGACCAGAAGUGCAGCCCCCGCAGCUCAAAUGCUAUCAACUUCCGUGAUGAUAUUAUAGACAUGCUCAACCUAUAUCGCAGCUCUUAUGAUGGUGGAUGCGGGGUUGCUACGUCUUCUGCUUUCGCCACAAGAAGAGGAACUCGACGCUCAGCUAUUCCUCCUAAUAUCGGAGAAACUGAGAUAUCCUGCUCGUCUACCACUACUUCUAGACUGUCGGUACAAGGAAGAAUUCUAGCACGCCCGUCUACUUCUCCUAGCACAGCCAAGGAGAGAGCUCAUCAGCGACUGAUUGAGCCGCAUAACCGCAUCGGAGAGGCUAUUGCCUUGAGAUAA